GGGGCUUAGCAUAUGUCCACGUCACCUAACCCAUCUUCAACGACGGCUUAUACCACCUCACCUACCGAGCCAGAUGCUAAUCUUGACCCGCUAUACCAAGAAAAUAUUUUUUCUUAAUAUAAAAGCUCAACACUUUCCGCCUCCCACAGAUCUUUGAUUUCUUGGGUUCUGUUUGAUUUCCUCAGAUUUUCAAUCCCCUUUCUCUCCUUACAGAAGAACACUUUCAGUAUGUGGAUCUAGUCUGACAGUCUCACUAACAAUUGCAAGUAGCAGACAGGGAAAGAGAUGGCUGCACCACCAAAACCCACAAGAAUAGGCCUUGCCGGUUUGGCUGUCAUGGGCCAAAAUUUGGCCCUCAACAUUGCAGAGAAAGGCUUCCCCAUUUCAGUAUACAAUAGAACUACCUCCAAAGUUGAUGAGACUGUUGAGCGAGCUAAGAAGGAAGGAAACCUUCCCCUUUAUGGAUUCCAUGAUCCGCAAUCUUUUGUUAAGUCAAUCCAGAAACCCCGUGUCGUGAUCAUGCUUGUCAAGGCUGGGGCGCCUGUUGACCAGACCAUAAAGACCCUCUCCGUCCACCUGGAGAAAGGCGACUGCAUCAUUGAUGGUGGUAAUGAGUGGUAUGAGAACACUGAGAGGAGGGAGAAAGCCAUGGCUGAAUUAGGUCUUCUUUACCUUGGAAUGGGAGUUUCAGGUGGUGAGGAGGGGGCUCGAUACGGGCCUUCUAUGAUGCCUGGAGGAUCCUUUGAGGCCUAUAAGUACAUUGAAGACAUUCUUCUUAAGGUGUCAGCUCAAGUUCCGGACAGUGGUCCCUGUGUGACUUACAUUGGCAAAGGUGGGUCUGGUAACUUUGUCAAGAUGAUUCAUAAUGGGAUUGAAUACGGUGAUAUGCAGCUCAUAGCGGAGGCUUAUGAUGUGCUGAAAUCAGUGGGAAAGUUGUCAAAUGAGGAACUCCAAAAAGCUUUCUCAGAGUGGAACAAGGGUGAGCUUCUCAGCUUCCUGAUUGAAAUCACUGCCGAUAUAUUUGGAAUCAAGGAUGACAAGGGAGAUGGAUAUUUGGUUGACAAGGUUUUGGACAAGACUGGCAUGAAGGGUACUGGUAAAUGGACUGUACAGCAAGCUGCUGAACUAUCAGUUGCAGCUCCAACAAUUGAAUCUUCUUUGGAUGCAAGGUUCCUUAGUGGGUUAAAGGACGAGAGGGUUAAAGCAGCUAAAGUGUUCAAAUCAGCUGGCUUUGAGGAUAGCUUGAAUGCCCCAGAGGUGGAUAAGGCAAAGUUGAUCGAUGAUGUGAGGCAAGCUCUUUAUGCAUCCAAGAUAUGCAGUUAUGCACAAGGGAUGAAUCUGAUCCGUGCAAAGAGUAUUGAGCAGGGAUGGGACUUGAAGUUGGGCGAAUUGGCCAGGAUUUGGAAGGGAGGAUGCAUCAUUCGUGCAGUGUUCCUGGACAGAAUUAAGAAGGCAUAUGAUAGGAAUGCUGAUCUUGCAAACCUUCUCGUGGACCCAGAGUUCUCGAAAGAGAUUGUUGAGAGGCAGUCUGCCUGGAGAAGGGUGGUAUGCCUUGCUAUCAACUCAGGCAUCAGCACCCCAGGUAUGUCAGCAAGUCUUGCUUAUUUUGACUCCUAGAGGGAGAGCCUGCCGGCGAACUUGGUCCAAGCUCAACGAGACUACUUUGGUGCUCAUACAUACGAACGCACUGACAGAGGCACUUUCCAUACCGAAUGGUUCAAGAUCGCCAAACAGUCAAAGAUCUAAGUCCAGUUUCCUUGCCAUCCUACUCAAGCAGAGAACCCUCUUCAUCCGAAUAAUUUCUGCUGACGAUUUUAUGCUGGGCGGAGCUUCUGCCAACUCUUUUCGGUGAAAAAUUUAUCCCAAAUAUGUUUUAUCAGUUUUUUUUUAAAGACUUAGAAGUGUGCUUUGUUUUUCUUGUGCUUUUGGCAGAUCUGUCCACCCCCACAGACCCCUCUCUAAUAUGGAAGACAUAAUUCUGUUCAAUGUAGGGACUUUGUGGGGUGAUAAUCUAGACUGUAAUGUUUGAAGAAAAAAAUCAAUGAAAAAAAAUCUUAUAUUUCUCAA